CGUUCAUCGUUGUUGUACCUCAUUCGUUGGUUCCACAUUCAAGGUUGAUCAGCAAAAAAAAAAAUAAAAUAAAAUAAAUAAACGAAAGACGCAUAAAAACAAGUGAAUAGUGAAAAAAAACACAAUAAAUAAACAUAAAUGUGAAAAAAGAUAGGAAAACAAAGUGAAGGAAGGAACGUUGUUACAUAAUAACGAAUGUUUCAUAUACCACAUAAAAAAUAGAGGAGACAAGAAAAAUUCCGCGCUUGCAGAAAAGAAAACAAGACCAAAAGUGUUUGAAGAGAAAAUGAGAAAAGAAUGUAAAAUAUGCUAAAAAUUUAAAUAAUUCAGCUGGGAUUUUGUCUUUCACACGAAUCCCACAGAUAAUCACAGCUCUCUCUCACACACACACACAUAUUUUUUGUAGAUUUCAUUUCUCCUUUUUCAUUAUAUUAUUAUUAUCGUCGUCGUCGUCGUCGCUGUCGUCUUCAUGAUUGCGGGAGACAAAGGAGAAGCACAAUAAAAUAAUAGAGAGAGCAAACGAACGAGUGUGAGACAGUCGACCGAACACGAACAACGUUAUAAUAAUAAAAGUUGUGUAAUAUAAUCAUCAUAAUGUAAUUGCGAAUGCCUCGACUACUCGGCAGAAAUUUAUGUGAGACUGUAUAAAUUUAAAUAAAAUAUAAAAAAAAAGAAAAACACUUUUACCGCACAUUUUCUCUCGAACGAACAAAUUUUAUCAGCUACGAGAAACGUGAUAAAUUAAAAUCGUCAAAGACUCGUCUAGACGUGGAAAGUUGUGUGUGUGUGCGGUUUUCACAUAGAAAAGAGGAUAAAGAGGGACAUCACACAUUAUCAUCAUGGGUAAAAAGAAUUCGAAACUAAAGCAGGACACAAUUGAUCGGCUGACAACAGACACAUACUUCACAGAAAAGGAAAUCAGACAAUGGCACAAAGGAUUUCUGAAAGACUGUCCGAAUGGUUUGUUAACGGAACAGGGAUUCAUCAAAAUAUACAAACAAUUUUUCCCGCAAGGAGAUCCCAGUAAAUUUGCCUCAUUAGUUUUCAGAGUGUUCGAUGAGAAUAACGAUGGCUCGAUAGAGUUUGAGGAAUUCAUUCGUGCACUGUCAGUUACAUCGAGAGGAAAUCUAGACGAGAAACUUCAUUGGGCAUUUAGGUUGUAUGAUGUCGAUAACGAUGGUUUCAUAACACGAGAGGAGAUGUACAAUAUAGUUGAUGCAAUUUAUCAGAUGGUGGGACAACAACCCCAAACUGAGGACGAAAACACUCCGCAAAAACGUGUCGACAAGAUUUUCGAUCAGAUGGACAAGAAUCACGAUGACCGACUAACGCUAGAGGAAUUCCGGGAAGGUAGCAAAGCAGAUCCUCGAAUCGUACAGGCUUUGAGUUUGGGUGGCGAUUAAAAAACGCAAUAACGCCAAAACUCAUAAGCAGCAACAUUAUUCACUAGAAAGUAAUAAAAGAAAACUACAACUACAGCAAUCAACAUCAAUUAUUACUACUAAAACUAUACUU